UGAGGGCGCCACCCGGGACAAAGCUUAGCUUUCAUGCAUUGCCAGUUGGGAAACUUAAAGUUCAAAUUGAAACUCACCACACUAACACGCUAGUGGACGACGGAGCAGAAAUCACCCUCAUACGACGAGAUUUCGCAAUGGUCACGGGGUGCAUGGUAAACAAGGAAGUAGCAGGGAGUAUCCGGGGAGCCGGUGGCGAAAUUCCUUUCACAUGGUAUGUCACCAAAUGUGUAGUCAGGGCGGGAAUCCGGGAAUCCAUCUGGUCCUUUCAAAGGAUAACCGUGAUGGAAGAAAUGGAUCACGACGUAAUCCUCGGGAGACCAUGGUGCACCAAUGUGGAAAUGAUAGGAAUGCAUCUGAACGACGACACAUACAUGGUAGACAUAGAGGACCCAGUGACUGGCCGCAGAGAACUCCUCCGACUUCUUGGGACCGGAGGGGACCCUCCGAAGGGCAAAUUGGCAACCUGGUCUCCUACAUUCGAAGAAAGUGCGCGGAAGGGGGCAUUCGCACAAAUGAAAGGCAUGAGGGAAAGGGUAGAAAUUAUGAUUGAGGAGGCUUUUAGUAAAAAGGAAUGGAUCAAGAUGGGUCUGUCCGUAAAGAAGAGGAGGCCAGAGGACGAGCCCCUGGGAGUUAUGGUGGCGGAAAAGGAGCAGGAAGUUGAACUUGGGGCCAGUCUGCCCAAGCCAAAGAAAGGGCGUAAUGAGACCCCCGAGCUAGCGCUCGAAAUCCCAGACCUGUUGCAACUUGUUAAGGCAAUCAGGUACCACAAAGUGGGAGUGAACCCGACAACACUUGCCAAGUUUGAGAAUGAGGUCAAGUCGGUCUCGAUCCUAGUAGAAACAUCAAAGGAAGAGGUCAUGGAAAAAGAGGAGGAGAUUCUACGGGUUAUAAGGGAGAGACGCGCAACGGAAGGGCAUCGCAUACCAGAUAAGGUAGCAGAUACCGUGAAAAUAGGAGUGGAAGGGUUUCUAACAGCGGAAGAAACUCAGUUGAUAAGAAAGGCAUGCCAGAAGUUUCAUCUAGCUUUCGCUUUCAAUGACCAUCAGAAAGGGCGAUUGAACGCAAAGCUAGUUCCCCCUGUCAGGAUCCACACCGUACAGCACGAGUGUUGGAAUGAUAAAGGGCCCGCCUAUGAGUUUGGGAUAGCAGCGGAGGUCAUCGACCUGCUUAGAGCGAAGAUAGACUCUUUCGUAGCUGAACCCACCGCAUCCCCCUACGCGAACAAGUGGUUCGUGUUCAGGAAGCCCAAUAAGACUCUCAGGUGGAUCCAGGACCUGCAGAAGCUCAAUGCGGUAACAAUUAGGGAUGCAGGCUCGCUUCCACAGGCCGAUUUGUUGGCAGAAUCUCAUGUGGGGCGGAGUAUUUACUCCCUGGUAGACUUGUACUCAGGAUAUGAUCAGUUGCCGCUCGAUGCGAGGGAUAGACCAUACACCGCAAUGCACACCCCCGUAGGACAGUUACAGAUGCAAGUGACCCCUAUGGGUUUCACAAAUGCGAUAGCAGAGGCGCAGAGGAGGAUGCUCGCCGUCACAGGGGAUAUGUUUCCAGAAAAGUGUGAACCGUAUAUAAAUGAUAAUCCCAUAAAAGACGCAAGGUACAAGGACGAGACGGAGGUCGAGCCGGGUGUGCAAAAAUUUGUUUGGGAUCACCUGCAGGAUAUCAAGGAUCUCCUACAGCGGUUCUUGCUCUAUAAUAUUACCGCAAGUGGGCCAAAAAAUAUUUUGGCUGUCCCGGAGGUAGCUAUACUGGGAUUUCGCUGUGGGGCCUAUGGAAGGAGACCCGACCCAGCAAAGACAGAUAAGAUCUCUCAGUGGCCGACACUCCUGCGUACCACGAUGGAAGUACGAGCCUUCCUAGGGGUGGUUGGAUUCUGGAGGAUCUUCAUUAAAGGUUUCGCAAAGAUAGCAGAACCUAUCCACACGAUGAUUAGGGAAGGUGGCACUAUGGACUGGACCGAGGAUAGGGAAGAGGCAGCCCAGACCCUGAAAGACAUCCUGUCGUCCGAUCAGGUUAUCUUAGCAGCACCCUGCUUCAAUGACGAAGUAGGACGGUCCUUCAUCCUAGAAACAAAUGCGGGAUCACUGGCAGUUGGAGGAGUAUUGAUACAGAGAAGCGAGGAGGGCAAGGAAAGGCCAAUCAAAUUUGAAAGUAGGACCCUGAAUUCGGCAGAACGACGAUACUCACAGUUCAAGAAGGAGGUCUUAGCGAUUCUGCAUUGUCUUAAGACCUUCCAAGCAUACCUGUUCGGAAGGCGAUUUAUCCUAAGGAUCGAUCCCACCAACGUUGUCGGGGCUCUAAAGAACUACAAGCCUAUAGAUCCGACCGUCGACAGAUGGAUAGGCUUCAUAUCGCAGUUCGACUACAAGGUCGAGCGGAUCGCAGGACUUCGAAACAGGGUGGAUGGGCUAAGUAGGGUAUGCAUCACGCCGGAGGGAAUAGAGGACGUAAAACCAAUUGACGCCUUCCUAGAUUACGAAGGAGGGGCCCUUGUUGUGGAUAACGAAAUGGCCGACUCAACGCUUACAACAGGCCAGUUGUUGAUUCAAACCUUGAAAAAGGGCACACCCGCAGUAGUUGCAGAACUCAGGAAAGGACCAGUCACCACGGUCAGGCGCAAAGAGGAAAAGGACUCGUGGGGAGCAGAAGUAGGGACCAGAGAGGAACUCAUGGCAAUGACCGUCGAAGGGGGUCGGGACGUCGUGAUGACGUUGGCCAAAGCCAGAGCACAGAAGAAGUGCCAGUACCUAGUCAACCUUACUCGGGAGGAGCAGGGUACGGAUCAGAAGGAACAGGAGUUCUUCCUCAUACAGAUGUACGAGGGCGUCUUUAAAGAAAUCGGUUUGCUGCUCGUAGGGAAUAAACAACUUGCGGAAGUCAAUCCCAAGGCGAGGGAGGAAGUUGAAAAAUACAUCUUGGAUGCAAGGUAUAAUCUCAGUGGCUAUGUAGAAGUCGAAGCUCUCAAGAAGAAGACGGGGAAAACAGUGGCCGACUGGGUGGAAGAUUUCUACCUAAGGCACCCCUUCGUGCGCAGGUUUAUAGCAGACAAUGGGACAAAAUUCGUUAACCAAGAAGUGUUAAACAGGCUCAAGAUAUUGUGCGUACCAAUCAAGAUCACCGAGCCCUACCAUCCAGAGGCAAAUGCACCAGUAGAAAGAGGUCACCGGACUUUGAAGAACACAAUUGCAAAGUUGGCAGCAGAUAAUUUGGGAAGUUGGUCACAGUUUCUCAAGCAGGCAGUCUUCGCCGAGAACAUGACUCUAAAAAGAACAACGGGAUGUAUUCCAGCAGAACUCUGGUAUGGAAGGGAGAUCGAUUUUCCGAUAGAAGCCUUGGUCCCUACCUGGAACAGGCUAGAUGACGACCCACACUUGAGCACGGAAGAGUUAAUCACGGCACGUUGUCAGCAGGUCGCCAGAAAUGAGGAAGCACUCGAGGAAGUAGUCAAUCGUGUGACGGAUAGCCGAAUGAGGGAUAAGGCAAGAUGGGACCAGGUCAAGAACAUUCGGAAGGAGCCACUCCAGAGGGGGCAGGAAACAAGGGACCAGAGGGCCGUCACCACUGAAGGAAGGGGAGCCGAUAGAGCUGCCUUCAGACAGUGAUCCUAGCAGCAAGGAAGAGGGGAGCCCAGAGGAGGGACAACGGCCGGGGGAGAAUGAGUCAGUUGAGUUCAUCGACCUCACCAGCGAAGAGGAAGAAGAUGAGGUAACAACACCCACUAGGGAAGAACGGGGAAGAGAGGGGGAACCGGGUGAGAAGAAGGAUAAAUGGAUAGAGGAAUUUGGGCCUGAGUUCAGCGACUGGUUUGAUCAAUGGGGCGCUAUCUUGCGAUAUCAAUGGAUAAUGAAGGCAAGGGAAAAGU